ACUUAGCCAUCGUGUCACUACUUUUUUAUAAAAAAUAUUUAUUUACAAACCUCAUACCCGAGGUAUUUUACCGGCCGACAGUCGCAACUUUUAACAAACCCAUUGUUGAUUUAGUGUGUUUUUGUUAUGUCCAGUGCGCGUUUUUACGGAUUUAGUAAAACGUUGGAGCGCUUUUACGCACAAGAGAAACGACUUCAUCGGCUCUCGGUUCUGCUUUGUUCAGAAAAGGCUGGUUAGUUCAUGCGUGACAUGCGCGCUGAGCUUGUGACGAACCAAUUGUUUAAAGGAGGCGAAGAGCUGAAACCUGGGCAGACAGAGGCCAUCUGACUUCUGAGGCACAGGGACUAAGAUGAGCAAACCAAAAAACAAAAGCGACAAUAAGACGGAGAAGGCUUUGGCUGCGGAGAAGGAGCAGUUUGGUAAACAACAGCUCCACAGCAUCAGCAAAACCCUCACCUCCGGUGAAACACCGCCCAAAGAGAAAUAUGUACGCAAUAUUAUCAUGGGGAGUCACAAGGAGGGUGGAGCUUCCACCUUCUGGUCCUACAUCCUCAACCUGCCUCUGUCAAGCAACUCCAUGAUCAGCUGGAAGUUCUGUUACCUGCUGCACAAACUGCUUAGGGAUGGACACCGAAAUGCUGUUGCAGAUUCUUACCGGCGCUGUCGCAACGUUAAAGAUAUGGGCGUCCUCUGGGGAAACUUGCACGAUCGAUAUGGCCACAUCGUCGCCUUGUCAACCAAAUUCCUCUGCCUCAAAAUGGAAUUUCAUGCAAAGCACAAGGUGAUCCCAGGCAACCUGGAAGCCAGCGAUGACACUUUGGAGAGGGAAGCAGGAACUGACAUGAACAAAGUGUUGGAUAUGACCCAGGAGCUGUUGGAUUAUAUGGACGCUGGACUGAAGAUGGCAGAGACAGUUCUGCGUCAGCUCGAUGCCAACGGGGCCAAAUCUACAACUGCAGCUGGACAGUGCAGACUGACUCCUCUGAUUCCACUCAUACUGGAUUGCAGCUUCCUCUACCACUUCUCUGUCCGGCUGAUGUUCAAACUUCACAGCCGCAUCCCCCCAGAUGCUCUUCUUGGACAUCGAGAGCGGUUCCGCGAUCUGUUUAUGAGCCUCACACAGUUCUUCGACAGAGCCAAGGAAACGGAGUUCUUCAAGAGUAUCAUCCAGAUCCCAGAUCUUCCAGAUGCCCCGCCAAACUUCCUCCGUGCUGCUGCCUUGGCUGAGUAUAAAAAGCCAGUGGUGGUGAUGCCCAACGAGGAGCGGCAUGAGGAGGAGGAGGAGGAGGUGGAGACACAGCCGGAGUUUAGGGAAGCACCACAGAUGCCACAGUACUAUUUGCUCAACCAAAUGACAGCACCUGAUACAUCGCUGGAACAGAGAGAAACGGAGAGUGAGAGCAUGAGAAGGGAGCUAGAGGUGCUGAAACCAGAGCUACAGCUCAUCAGGAUUGAGGCCCAGAGGUGUGUGACUGAGUUAAAGGGUCAAGUGAAUCGUCUGGAAGCCGAGGUUGAGGAGCAGCGCACCCACAAGCAGAUGGCAAUGGUGGAAAAUGAACACCUGCGGAUGGAAGUGGAGGCCUUGCGGUGCACUAAUGUCGCCAAUGUCGGGGCACACAUUGGAUUCAAAGAGGCAGAUGGUAGAGCUCAGGCAGCGGAGCUUCGUUUCACUCAACUCAAAGAGAGACACGCCGAGCUGAUCACUAGUCACGCCGACCUAAUGAAGAAGAGCACAGAAACAGUGAAGGCGCUGUCCAGUACAAAACAAGACCAAGGCGAUUUACUGAGAGCAAAGAAACAGCAAGAAAGUGAGCUGGAAAAUCUACGGCAGGAGAAAAGAAACGCAAUGAAUCAGCAGCAGCAGGAGGCCGACCGCCUCAACAAAGAAUUACUGGAGAAAAGAGCAGAACUGGCCCUCCUUCGCAGUACCCUGGAAAAUAAGGAGAUGGAGGGAUCUCAGGUGAGCGGCAGCCUGGCAGCUAUGCAGGCAGAGCGGGAUGUGCUGCUGCGUUCUGCCAGAGAGAGGGACGCAGAGCUGGCCUCGCUGAGACAGCAGGCACAGCGGCAGCAGGGCUCGCUGGACCUGGAGAUAGACCGCAGCAACAGAGAGCUGGAGGCACUGAGAGCUCAACUGCAGCAACAGCUUGCCAUCAAUGCAGAGCAGAAGCUGGAGAUCGACAGGCUGAGGCGAGAGCUGGACUCAACACGAGCAGAACUGACUCGUGCCAACAACACCCUGCAGAGCAAAGAAAUGAGUGGCACCCAGCUGAGCAGUACACUGGCAGGGCUGCAGGCGGAGAGGGAGGGGUUGUUGCAGUCAGUGAGAGAGCAGCAGGUCGAGCUGAACUCCCUCAGGCAACAAGCUCAGCUCCAGCAGAGCUCCCUGGAGCAGGAAAGGCAGCGGAGCAGCAUGGAGCUUGGAAGCUUGCAUGCCCAGUUACAGCAGCAGGCCUGUCGUGAAGGCGAGCUGGCCCAGAAGCUACAGGACGAGCAGUUCUGUCUGCUGCAGUGCGCCGUGGUGGAGGCCGAGGGCAUCAUACUGGACGCUGUGGCCAAAGUGGACGACCCCAUCCACGUGCGCUGCAUUAGCUCACCUGAUUAUUUGGUGAACCGAGCUGAAAUCACUCUGAGUUCCAUAGACAAGAUGCAGCAGAGCCACGUGGUCUACCUGGGAAACAGGCAUGAUGCCAGCGGUUUGCUGAGAGCGGUCACACAGUUCUCUCACCUCGCCGCCGACACGAUCGUCAACGGAGCGGCGACAUCGCACUCUGCCCCCACUGACAUAGCUGACCGCUUGACGGACAGCUGUCGGGACUGUGCAAACCACUGUCUUCAGUACUUGAAGGAUCUGAAGCUUCAGGCCAGUUUACAGAGAGCAGACCCCUCUGUGAUUCGCUACACUGUUCAACGGCUCCUCUCUUUGGGACAGGAUUUGCAUCCGAAAGGGCAGGAUGUGCUAAAAGAAGAGCUGGGAAGCAUGGUGGACAGAGAGAUGAUCGCCACCUCUACUGCCAUCGAGGAGGCUGUGCUGCGAAUGGACGAGAUACUGAAUCAGGCAAAGAGAGACAUGACUGGUAUUAAGCUGGAGGUCAACCAGAGUAUACUGGGAUCCUGCUCAGACCUGAUGAAGGCUGUUCAUAUGCUGGUGACAGCCGCCACUGACUUACAGAAAGACAUCGUGGAAGGAGGCAGGGGAGCAGCAUCUGUUACAGACUUUUAUGCCAAAAACUCUCGCUGGACAGAGGGACUCAUCUCUGCUUCCAAGGCAGUGGGCUGGGGUGCCACACAGCUGGUAGACUCAGCUGACCUGGUUGUGGGUGAAAAUGGGACGUACGAGGAGCUCAUCGCCUGUUCGCAUGAGAUUGCCGCGAGCACUGCCCAGCUGGUUGCCGCCUCAAAGGUGAAGGCCGACCGCAACAAUAAGAAGCUGAACACACUCCAACAGGCCUCGCGACACGUGAAUGACAUGGCCGCUGUGGUCGUCACCUCCACCAAACAUGGGCAGCGGCGGUUCUCUGACCAGGGUACAAUGGACUUCUCUGGCAUGUCUCUGAUCAAGCUGAAAAAAGAAGAGAUGGAAGCUCAGGUGAAGGUGCUGCAGCUGGAGUGCCAGCUGGAGCAGGAGCGGGUCCGCCUGGGGGAGCUGAGGAAGAGGCACUACGACCUCGGUGACUCUGGGACUGAGGCACAGGAUGCACCCGAUCACUUCCCGCCGCCGCCGCCGCCCACUCUUCUCGAGUCCACGCCGGUGCCUCCAUCCUUUUCACAAACAAAGCCUUAUCUGAACACUAAGAGCUUUGCGCCGAGCAACCCGUUCGCCCCGACUCAAAUACAACCCUUCCCGCUGCCGCAGUCAUACACACCAACAAACACCUACACACAGGCCCAAGCUUACACACCGUCUCAAGCCCACACACCGUCUCAAACAUUGUUUCAAACACCGUCUCAAACCUACACACCGUCUCAAACACCGUCUCAAACCUACACACCGUAUGAAACACCGUCUCAAAACUACACACCGUCUCAAACACCGUCUCAAACACCGUCUCAAACCUACACACCGUCUCAAACACCGUCUCAAACCUACACACCGUCUCAAACACCGUCUCAAACACCGUCUCAAACCUACACACCGUCUCAAACACCGUCUCAAACCUACACACCGUCUCAAACACCGUCUCAAACACCGUCUCAAACCUACACACCGUCUCAAACACCGUCUCAAACCUACACACCGUCUCAAACACCGUCUCAAACCUACACACCGUCUCAAACACCGUCUCAAACCUACACACCGUCUCAAACACCGUCUCAAACCUACACAGCGUCUCAAAUACCGUCUCAAACCUACACACCAUUUCAAACCUACACACCUUCCCAGCCCUACAUCCCAGCUCAGCCUUUCACACCAAACCCAACCCAAAGUUACUUAAAACCUCAUUCAUUGUCACAGCUCUCGUCUCACACUUCGCCGCCGGCUCAGCCUCAGACGACUCCACAGAACAACACUGAGAACACCAAACCAACUUUUAAGAAGCCAAAUAUCUUCACUAAAUCUGGAAACUUGCUGAAGAACGCGUUCAAACGAGGCGAAACAGGGGAAUCCUGAAGUACGACUGAAAAAGAAGACAUGAUGAUUUCACUUCCGCAUAAUGGUUUUAAAUAUUAGAAAACAAUGACUUUAUUUAACUAACCCAUUUCUCUGGCUUACCCGUUCCAUUAAAUGUGCAAAUGAAACCAUAACAUUAUACUUCCUUUUCCAGCUCACCUUUGUGAUCAUAGUGAUGCUUAUAUUCUCUGACAUUGCACAUAAAAGUAAGAGAUGAAUUCCUGCACACUGUCAACACUGAGUUUAAAAAAAAUAAAAAAUACAAUAUUUUCAUUCAUGGAAAACAAAACUGCUUAGAAGCAUGCACGUCUAUUAGGGGAAAUAUUAUAGACAAUGUACACAGAAGAAAAAUAUUAAAGAUCAUAAAAAUCAGCUGAAUUUAGCAGUUUUCAUUUUCACUAAUUGUUCUACACUCUGUUUGACAGAGACUAAUUUGUUCCCUUGUGCAGUGUGAUGUCUCACCAUCCCAGUGAUAGAGAUUUCUGAAUACAUUACAUUACAUUUAGCAGAUGCUUUUGUCCAAAGCUACUUACAGUAUAGUGCAUUCAACCAUGAAGAUAUUACCCAAAAGGUACAAGAAUAAGAGUACAUAAAUACAACAAGAUAAAGUGCGUUCCUGAGCGUGUGACUCAAUAGGUGUGAUUCAACACAAGAGCAACAAAAAUAAAAUAAAAGUAAGAAAAAUGUAUGCUGUAAUAUUAUCUACACAUCUAAGACAGAGAGAUAAGUCAGUGUUUCACUUUACAUUGAUUAACAGGUUGCAAACACUGUAUUGCUCAUGACUUAACUUCCUAUAAAGUGAAAUAGGCAGGAGAAAUGUAAAUCAAAUCAAUAUUGGCCUUUAAUGUAGCACCAGUUCUCUACAGUGUUUUUCAGAGUAUCGUGGAGAGGCUGCCUCAGUUGUUCUGUGGAUCUACUUCUGUCGCUUCAUGUGAUCCCAGACUGACUGCAUGCUUCUCUGUGGGGUUUCAACAUCUGCUGCAGGACUCCUUCCCUUCUUCUUUUCUCUCAACAUAGUUCUCUAUGACCCUGGCUGUGUGUUUGUCCUGCUGCAGAGGGACUUAGGUACCGAUCAGACACCUCCAUGAUAAAAUCUAAAUGAUUAAAAGUUGUUUUUCAGUU